CUGCUUUAUCAUUCGAUAGUAAAUUUCAGUCUUAAAAAUUGUACGAUCAUUCAGUUAAGCAAUAGAUAGUUUAACGCAUUAUUCAAUGAAUUCAUAGAAUAAAUAUUGAUGUAGUUUAGAGUAAAGAUUGAUUUGUAAUUGAAAUAUUUUCCUAAACGAUUCUCAUAAUCAGAAAUAAAUCAAAUUGAAAGAUAUAAACGUAAUUGUGAAUAUAAUAGUGUAAAUAUUAUCGUUAUUAUGUCGGAUAAAGAGAACCUUACAUCAAUUGGACCUAAUGGUAGCGCCCUAUAUCUGACCUCAUGUAGAAGCCGGCAAUUUCUCGAAGUGUGCGCAUAAAAACUUCAGAAACCGGUGAUUGGUGACAAAUCAGACAUUCUCUGUAUUUUUUUCUAAUACAAGUAAUCUCCAACCGUUAGUAUUUGCGAAUUCUUUUUUAUUAAUCCCCUCUUCCUAUGGUCAGGACCUUAGUCUUAUUCUCUACGCUCUUUCGCUGAACUUCUAACCACGUGUAAUUUAAUUUACGAUGUCAAAUUUACGAUCAUUGUUUGUACCAAUAUUGGCUGCUGUAGGAACCAUAACUGUAAUAGGAUUAGCUGUGAAAUUCUACAAAAGUUGGAGCAGUAAACAAAAGAAAUCUCCGAUUUUAUUAGUUGAUCCAGUUGAAAAAUAUAGUUUACCAUUAAUAAAAAAAGACAUAAUAAAUGACGAUACAAGAAAAUUCAGAUUUGCAUUGCCUACUCCAGAUCAUGUAUUAGGAUUACCAAUUGGUCAGCAUGUACAUUUAACAGUGAAAAUUGAAGACCAAGUUGUUAUACGUUCUUAUACUCCUGUAUCAAGUGAUGAUGAUCAUGGUUAUGUAGAUCUUGUUAUUAAGGUUUAUUUUAAAAAUGUACAUCCAAAAUUCCCGGAAGGAGGAAAAUUGUCUCAGUACUUAGACAAUUUGAAAAUCGGAGAUACAGUUGAUUUCAGGGGACCUUCUGGUCGACUUAUUUAUAAAGGCCGUGGGAAGUUCUGUAUAAAAAUUUUAAGAAAAAGUCCACCUGUAGAAUAUAAUGUUAAAAAGAUUGUAAUGUUAGCUGGUGGAACAGGAAUUACACCAAUGUUGCAAUUAAUUCGUGCUAUAUUAAAGGAUUCCACAGAUCAAACUCAAGUUUCUCUACUUUAUGCCAAUCAAACAGAAAAAGAUAUAUUACUUCGUGAUGAAUUAGAAGAAAUUGCAAAAAAUCAUCCUAACAAAUUAAAACUUUGGUAUACACUAGAUACCGCUCGUGAAAAUUGGGAAUAUAGCACUGGAUAUAUAAAUUCUGAUAUGAUAAAGGAAAAUAUGUUUCCUCCAUCAUGUGACACAAUAGUACUUAUGUGUGGUCCACCUCCAAUGAUUAAUUUUGCUUGUAAUCCUAGUCUAGAUAAACUCGCAUAUGAUCCAAUGUUACGAUUUGUUUAUUAAAGUAACAAAUUAUUUUUGUUGCAUUUAAAUGUAGAUUUUUGUUUAUUAGUAUUUCCUUAUUCUAAAAGACAAUGGUUUUAAUUUUCUUAAAAAUGUAUCUCAUUUUUGGUAUGGAUCUGUAUUUAUAUGUUGGUGCAAUGUACAUGCGACUAUACAGUCAUUCGUUACAAUUGUACCAUUAACAAAAUAUUUUUAAUUUUUUUAUGCAAUUCCAUACUAAUUAUAAAUGAUAUUUCUGUUUUUUAUUAAAAUUUUGUAUAAAGUACGUUGCUGGUGUAAAGCUUUAGUAAAGAAAAUACAAAUUGAA